AUGUUCCUCGACGAUGCGUCCAAGGCGCACAACUUCCGACAGGUCGGCACCAAGCACGCGGGUAGCGUCCGGAAAGGCCACGUUCAAGUCCGGCCUGCGCAGUACCAGAAACCUUCGGCGUCGAUCCCGUCCAAGUUUGAAACAAUCUUGAACGCCGGCGACCGCGAGACGAAUGCGUUUGGAAGCCGUACCAAUCGGUUUGGCGACGCCGAGAACGAGCUGCCAGGACCCGGCGCAUACUACAAGCCACCGACGCUGCUCGUGACGACCGAGACAUCGGGCAGCGUAUCACAGAAAGGCUAUGGCUCGGGCUUCGUCUCCAAAGUCAAGCGCUUCUCCAACCAGACGUACGAGACGGUGCCGGGGCCGGGACAGUACGCAUCGUCGCUGCCCGAGAAGCCGUCGUUCAACCGGCGGAUUGGCCUCAGCAGCUUUGCGCCGACUGAGCGCUACAACAACCAAACGGCGUCCAACGUGCCAGGCCCGGGCAACUACAACGUCAAGGAACCGCGCCACAACGCGCCGAGUGGGCGCAGUGCAUUCGUCUCCAAGUCCCACCGCGGCUUUGUACCCCGCUCCGACGUGCCGGCCCCUGGGCAGUAUGAGAACCCGAUCGAGCUCGGACGGGACGCCGACUGGGACCGACCCCAAGGCAUCUUUCGGUCGAGCGUCAAGCGCGUCGAGACACCCAAGACGCUGGCCGUACCGGGGCCCGGCGCGUACGGCGUCGAAGCAGCUGAGAAGCACCUGCUGCGGGACACCAUUGCGCAAGCGCAAGCGAGUAGCAUGUUCAAGAAGGGCGCCGCCGACCGGUUUGGCCACUUGAGUUCGCGCAAAGGCGACGUUCUGGACGUUCCUGGCCCUGGCGCUUAUGAGGGAUCGAUGCCGCAGUCGACAGCCGACGUCUCGAGUGUCUUCAGGUCGUCCACCAAGCGCGGCCAAGAUCUGCUACGAGGCAAGGCGCCAGGCCCAGCCUUCUACAAGCCGGCAGUGAGCCCGACAAAGAAGUCGCAUCUUCUCAAUGGCACCAAAAAAUGGCUUUAA